AUGGACAACUCAUCGUCGGGAACCGUGGACGUCGAGUCUGGAGACUCUCUUUCAAAGCGCUUGACCCUUACAUGGCGCAAUUUGAGUGUGAACGUCACUGCCCCCGAUGCUGCCCUGGGCGAUACCCUGUUAUCCGUGGCCGAUCCACGGCAGGUCAUGGGGUGGUUCAACAGGAACCAGCGGCCUAAGAGGACAAUUCUUAAGGACCUCACCGGUCAACUACGACCAAGCGAGAUGUUGCUCGUUCUCGGACGGCCAGGAUCCGGAUGUACCUCUUUCCUCCGAGUGCUUUCCAACGAUCGCGACGCAUUCGACGAGGUCGUCGGCGAAACCCGCUACGGAAGCAUGGACCACAAGCAGGCGAAGAAGUACCGACAGCAGAUCAUGUUCAACAACGAGGACGACGUACACUUUCCCACUCUGACAGUCAACCGGACGAUGAAGUUCGCCCUACGAAACAAGGUCCCGAGGGAGCGACCCGAACACUUGCAGAACAAGAAGGACUUUGUUCAGGAGAAGAGGGACGGGAUUCUGGACUCGCUGGGUAUCCCUCACACCAAGAAGACCCUGGUUGGAAACGAAUUCAUCCGUGGUGUGUCUGGUGGUGAGCGGAAACGUGUUUCGUUGGCAGAAAUGAUGGCCGGUCAGAGUCCGGUGCAAUUCUGGGACAACCCGACUCGAGGUCUGGAUUCGAAGACCGCCGUGGAAUUUGCUCGCAUGCUCCGACGCGAGGCCGAUGAGAACGAGAAGACUAUGGUGGCGACAAUGUACCAGGCUGGAAACGGUAUCUACGAUGCGUUCGACAAGAUCCUCGUCCUUGCAGACGGUCUGGUCACCUACUACGGGCCCCGCUCGAUGGCUCGGGCUUACUUCGAAGAUAUGGGCUUUACCUGCCCUAAGGGAGCCAACAUCGCCGACUUCCUUACCUCAGUUACGGUGAUUACGGAGCGCAUUGUCACCCCGGGAAUGGAAGAAAAGGUACCCAACACUGCGGCUGAGUUUGAGGCCCGUUACCGCCAGAGCUCCAUCCACUCUCAGAUGAUGGACGACAUCGAACCCCCGGAGAAGCUGGCCAUUGAGGACGAGAACCUGGCCAUUGCCGUAGCUAAGGAGAAGAGAAAGAAGCACAUCCCUCGUCCGCAGAGCGUCUACACAGCUAGCCUGUGGGAUCAGAUCAUCAGCUGCACCAUUCGCCAGUUCCAGAUCUUGGCCGGUGACAAAUUGUCAAUCAUCAUUAAGAUCGUUUCUUCCAUCCUUCAGGCUUUGGUCUGCGGUAGUUUGUUCUACAACUUGGCCGACGACAGUACUUCCAUCUUCCUGAGACCUGGUGCUCUUUUCUUCCCGGUUCUGUAUUUCCUGCUCGAGACAAUGUCCGAAACGACCGCAUCCUUCAUGGGACGUCCGAUUCUUUCUCGGCAAAAGCGAUUUGGAUUCUACCGCCCGACGGCGUUUGCCAUCGCCAACGCCAUCACGGAUAUCCCUAUCGUCUUGAUUCAGGUGUCAUGUUUCUCAUUGAUCCUCUACUUCAUGAGCGCGAUGCAGAUGAAUGCCGGCCGUUUCUUCACCUACUGGGUCGUCAUCAUCGCCCAAACGCUGUGCUUCAUGCAGAUGUUCCGUGCGAUCGGUGCCCUGUGCAAGCAGUUCGGUAACGCAUCCAAGAUGACUGGUUUCCUCUCCACGGUUUUCUUCGUCUACGGAGGAUACCUCAUUCCCUUCGAGAAGAUGCAUGUCUGGUUCCGCUGGAUCUUCUACCUGAACCCCGGCGCGUACGCAUUCGAGGCAUUGAUGGCCAACGAAUUCGUGGGCCUGGAAAUGGACUGUGUGGAACCCGACUACAUCCCCUACGGACCCGGCUACCCAACUGGUGUUUCUGAGUACCGCGGCUGCAGUGUGAAGGGAAGCACUGAUGGGGUGAUCAACGGCGCCACCUACAUCAAGGAACAGUUCAACUACUCCUACCACCACAUCUGGCGGAGCUUUGGCAUCCUCAUCGGGUUCUGGGCCUUCUUCAUCUUCCUCACCUCGAUGGGAUUCGAAAAGCUCAACAGCCAGUCCGGAUCGUCCGUCCUCCUUUUCAAGCGCGGUGCCAAGAGCAAGAAGGCCGACGAGGAAAGCACCGUUGCCCCGAAGUCGGAGGGAAGUGCCCUUGCGCAGACGGGAAAGCAGUCGACGUUCACGUGGAACCAUCUCGACUACCACGUGCCGUUUCACGGUCAGAAGAAGCAGUUGCUUGAUCAGGUCUUUGGGUUCGUGAAGCCGGGUAACCUGGUCGCUUUGAUGGGUUGCUCUGGUGCGGGAAAGACUACACUGCUCGAUGUGUUGGCUCAGCGAAAAGACAGCGGAGAGAUCUACGGCUCGAUCCUGAUUGAUGGCAAGCCGCAGGGUAUCAGCUUCCAGCGUACGACUGGUUACUGUGAGCAGAUGGAUGUUCACGAGGGCACCGCCACCGUGAGAGAAGCUUUGGUGUUUUCUGCUCUGCUCCGUCAGCCUGAGAGCGUGCCGCGCGAAGAGAAGAUAGCCUAUGUCGACCACAUCAUUGAUCUCCUGGAGUUGACUGACAUUCGGGACGCGCUGAUCGGAGUUCCCGGAGCUGGUCUCAGUAUCGAGCAGCGGAAACGAGUGACUCUUGGUGUGGAACUGGUUGCCAAGCCGACAUUGCUCUUCCUCGACGAACCGACUUCCGGUCUGGAUGGCCAAUCUGCUUACAACAUUAUUCGUUUCCUGAGAAAGCUGGUCGACAGCGGACAGGCUGUGCUGUGUACCAUCCACCAGCCUUCCGCCGUUCUGUUCGACGCUUUCGACUCGUUGGUCCUACUCGCUAAGGGCGGAAAGAUGGCCUACUUCGGAGAAACUGGCGAGGACUCCGGAAAGGUCCUCGGAUACUUCGCCAAGAACGGAGCUCCCUGCCCCCCUGAAGUCAACCCCGCCGAGCACAUCGUUGAAGUCAUCCAGGGCAACACCGAGAAGCCGAUCGACUGGGUCGAUGUCUGGAGCCAAUCUGAGGAGCGUGAGCGUGCGAUUGAGGAGCUUGAGUCGUUGAACAAGGCGGGCCAAGCGGAGCCAGACGAGGUGGAGGACCAGCACAACUUUGCCACCCCUAUCUGGUACCAAUUCAAACUGGUGCUGGAGCGUCUGAUGACCCAGCUGUGGCGGUCACCGGAUUACAUGUGGAACAAAAUUAUCCUGCACGUCUUCGCCGCGCUGUUCAGUGGAUUCACCUUCUGGAAGAUGGGCGACGGCACAUACGCACUGCAGCUUCGACUGUUCGCCAUCUUCAACUUCAUCUUCGUGGCUCCCGGCUGUAUCAACCAGAUGCAGCCGUUCUUCCUGCACAACCGUGACAUCUUCGAAACCCGCGAGAAGAAGUCCAAAACCUACCACUGGAUGGCCUUUAUUGGCGCCCAGGCCGUCUCGGAAAUCCCAUACCUGAUCAUCUGCGCCACGCUUUACUUCGCAUGCUGGUACUUCACAGCUGGCUUCCCCAUCAGCGCAUACAUCUCCGGCCACGUCUACCUGCAGAUGAUCUUCUACGAAUUCCUCUACACCUCCAUCGGCCAAGCCAUCGCCGCCUACGCGCCCAACGAAUUCUUCGCCGCAAUCAUGAACCCCAUCCUCAUCGGCGCCGGCAUGAUCAGUUUCUGUGGCGUCGUCGUGCCCUACUCCAGCAUGCAGCCCUUCUGGCGCUACUGGCUGUACUACCUCGACCCCUUCACCUACCUGGUGGGCGGCCUGCUGGGCGAAGUCCUCUGGGACGUCAAAGUCACCUGCGAAGCCUCGGAGUAUAUCAAGUUCAGCGCCCCGUCCGGCCAGACCUGUGGGCAGUAUAUGAAGGAUUUUAUUGCCGAGCAGACGGGGUAUCUCCUCGAUGCGAAUGCCACGAGCUGUGAAUUUUGUCAGUAUUCGAUGGGGGCCGAUUAUGCGAAGAGUUUCAAUUUGGAACAGAAGUAUUAUUCGUGGAGAGAUACUGGAAUCACCGCCCUCUUCUGCAUCUCGUCCUACGGUCUGGUGUUCCUGAUGAUGAAGCUGAGGAGCAAGAAGACGAAGAGUGCAAGGUCGGAGUGA